CAUUUGACAACACGUUUUAUGUCAACCAAACAGAAACAGAGAGCGAGAGGCUUCUUUCAAGAGCAUACAUUAUAUCCAAGUAUGGUGGUCGCCAAGGCUGCUUCUCCUAUCAACAAGAAUGGCUUCACUUCUCCCAGUUCCACCCUCAAUCUUGACAAGGGUGAUCCAUUGGUGUUUGGAAAAUACUGGAAGAAGAAGAGUGAGGAGUGCAUGGUGGUGAUCAAAGGGUGUGAAUUGAUGAGUUACCUGAGUGAUACGAGUAACGUGUGUUGGUACAUGUUGCCAGAACUGAAAGAUGCAAUUGAAAGGCUCCACCAUGUGGUUCGAAAUGCUGUCACCAAAGAUAAGUACAUAGUGAUUGGAACUGGCACCACACAGCUCUUCAUGGCGGCUCUGUUUGCUCUCUCUCCUUCAAUGACUACCUCUCACCCCAUAAAUGUUGUUUCUGCUACUCCUUACUACUCGGAGUACAAAGACCAGCUUGACUUGUUCUGUUCAGAGCGGUUUCAAUGGGGUGGUGAUGCUGGUGAAUAUGAUAAAAAUGAAACUUACAUAGAGGUGGUGAACUAUCCAAACAACCCUGAUGGGACUAUAAAGGAACCUAUGGUGAAAUCUAUAGUUGAAGGAAAGCUGGUUCAUGACUUAGCCUAUUACUGGCCUCACUACACUCCCAUCACUCACCAAGCUAACCAUGAUGUUAUGCUUUUUACAUUAUCCAAAUGCACCGGUCAUGCCGGGUCCCGUAUCGGGUGGGCAAUUGUGAAGGACAUUGAAGUUGCCAAGAAGAUGGUCAUGUUCGUGCAGAUGAGCUCCAUUGGUGUGGCAAAAGAAUCCCAAACUCGAGCUGCUAAGAUCAUGGGAGUGAUUUGUGAUGGUUACCAAAAGUUUGAAUCCAUUGAACCUGAUCAGCUCUUCUUUGAAUAUUGCAAAAACAUCCUCAGGGAAAGGUGGGAGAAACUUAGGAGAUCUAUUGAGCUACGUAAGGUUUUCACAGUGGCCAAGUAUCCAAAGGCCUAUUGCAACUUUGCUAAUGAGUCAUUUGAAGCACUCCCUGCUUUUGUAUGGCUGAAAUGUGAGGAAGGCAUAGAAAAUGCUGAGAACUAUCUGGGGAAAUUGAAGAUUCGUGGAAGAGGAGGGGUGAGAUUUGGUGCUGGUUCAAAGCAUGUUAGGCUUAGCAUGAUUGGCACGGAUGAUGAGUUCACUGAACUCAUAAAGAGGUUGUCAAAUGCUAAAUAUUAAAGAACGAGAUUGUUAGCUUAAAUAAAUAAUUGUAUGUAGUUCAAGCACCGCCAUAUCACAAUUUAUAAUGUAUGUGAUGAAGGGUGAGAAUAAGACAGGGAUCAUAGAGAGUUGAUGGUGAAACCAAAUUAAAAGUGUAAUGUUAUAGUCAUACAUAUAUUUGGUAGAGGAAUCAAUAUGCAUUUACUGACACAUGUUAGUGAUGGUUUGUAGUGGCCGCAAAUAUUAGCCGCGGAUAGAAAUAGAUCUAACAUGUAUGUUAAUUAGAUGCCUUCAGAAACUGUAUGUAUGAAAAUCAUUACCUUUUGAUGUAUGAAUAGAUUUAAUUUUGUGCA